AGGGGGCGGACGCAGGCGCAGAUCGAGAGUGGGGAAGAUGGCGGCGGUGGUGGAGGUGGAGGUUGGAGGUGCCGCCGGUGAACGGGACCUGGAGGAGGUUGAUCUUUCAGACCUGUCCCCUGAGGAACGAUGGAGGAUCGAGCACGCACGGAUGCAUGCCAAGCACCGUGGCCACGAGGCCAUGCAUGCAGAGAUGGUCCUCAUCCUCAUCGCCACCCUGGUAGUGGCACAGCUGCUCUUGGUUCAAUGGAAACAGAGGCAUCCCCGAUCCUAUAAUAUGGUGACCCUCUUUCAGAUGUGGGUUGUCCCCCUCUAUUUCACAGUGAAGCUACACUGGUGGAGGUUCCUGGUGAUCUGGGUCCUGUUCUCUGCUGUUACCGCCUUUGUUACUUUCCGAGCCACUCGAAAACCUUUGGUGCAGACAACCCCAAGGUUGGUUUAUAAGUGGUUCUUGCUAAUAUACAAAAUCAGCUAUGCCACUGGAAUCAUUGGUUACAUGUCUGUGAUGUUCACUCUCUUUGGGAUUAAUUUGUUAUUCAGAGUCAAGCCAGAAGAUGCAAUGGAUUUUGGAAUCUCCCUCCUGUUUUAUGGCCUCUACUAUGGAGUCCUUGAGCGGGACUUUGCAGAAAUGUGUGCAGACUACAUGGCUUCCACAAUAGGAUUCUACAGUGCUUCGGGGAUGCCUACCAAGCAUCUCUCAGACAGUGUCUGUGCAGUGUGUGGGCAGCAGAUCUUCGUGGAUGUCAAUGAAGAGGGCAUCAUUGAGAACACAUACAGACUGUCCUGCAACCAUGUAUUUCACGAGUUCUGCAUCCGUGGAUGGUGUAUUGUGGGAAAGAAGCAGACGUGUCCCUACUGCAAAGAGAAGGUGGAUCUCAAGCGGAUGUUCAGUAACCCAUGGGAGCGGCCUCAUGUCAUGUAUGGACAGCUGCUCGACUGGCUCCGCUACCUUGUGGCCUGGCAGCCAGUCAUCAUUGGACUGGUACAGGGAAUCAACUACACGCUGGGUCUGGAGUAAGCGUGGAGCACAAGGGAAGCAGGGGCAGAGGGCUCUGUGGCAAGCAGCCCACCAGCCUGAGGCCCCUGGCCUGAACCAGCCUCCUCCCCUCAACACAGCUGGCAAAGACCUCAUCAUCCUCAGCUCCAAGGGAAGACUCUUGUUUCUGGGGGUGUGGCAGUGAACCAGCCCAUGGGGGCUCCCGGACAGGGAGGUUCUUUUUAAAAGAAAAUUAUUUUAAUGACUAUA